UAGAUUUUCAUGUGCGUUAUAACUUCUCUUUCCCCUGCGUCUCCUUCCAUCCCGCCCCCCUCUCUCUUCUUCAAUCCUCCCUGCGCCGGAGUUGGAGGGAGAGGGGAGAAGCCUCCACGCAUCCGCACGCUCGCCGGCCUCCCGCCCGCCUUCCAAUCCGGUGAAUCAGCUACAUCACGUCUUUAGGGAAGCCCCUCGAACAGUAGUUUGUACCACAAAUUGGAUAGCUCUGUCACAGCAUGGCCUCUGCAGGCGUGGUGCGCUCUUCCUUGGGAUUUCAGAAUGACACAAGUUCUAGUAGUGGUGUGGAUCGACUUCCAAAUGAGAUGAGCAAUAUGAGCAUAAGGGAUGAUAAGGACAUUGAAGAUAUAGUAGUCAAUGGCAAUGGGACGGAGCCUGGUCAUAUUAUAGUGACAAACAUUGAUGGAAGAAGCGGCCAGGCAAAGCAGACCAUAAGCUACAUGGCUGAGCGGGUGGUAGGUCAUGGGUCCUUCGGAACUGUUUUUCAGGCCAAGUGUCUGGAGACUGGUGAGACUGUAGCUAUAAAAAAGGUUCUUCAAGACAAGAGAUAUAAGAACCGUGAGCUGCAAACCAUGCGAGUGCUUGACCACCCAAAUGUGGUGUCUCUAAAGCACUGUUUUUUCUCAAAGACUGAGAAGGAGGAGCUUUACCUCAAUUUGGUCCUUGAGUAUGUGCCAGAGACUGCUCAUCGUGUCAUCAAACAUUAUAACAAGAUGAACCAACGCAUGCCGUUGAUAUACGCUAAACUUUAUAUGUAUCAGAUUUGUAGAGCUUUGGCAUACAUUCACAACUGCAUCGGAGUAUGCCACAGGGACAUUAAGCCUCAAAAUCUUCUGGUGAAUCCACAUACUCAUCAGCUAAAAUUGUGCGACUUUGGCAGCGCGAAAGUCUUGGUAAAAGGAGAACCGAAUAUUUCUUACAUCUGUUCUAGGUACUACAGAGCCCCAGAGCUCAUAUUUGGUGCUACUGAAUACACAACAGCCAUUGAUGUUUGGUCUGCUGGCUGUGUACUUGCUGAACUCCUUCUAGGACAGCCUCUAUUCCCCGGUGACAGCGGUGUUGAUCAACUUGUUGAAAUCAUCAAGGUUCUGGGUACACCUACACGUGAAGAAAUUAAGUGCAUGAAUCCAAACUAUACUGAGUUUAAAUUCCCUCAAAUCAAAGCUCACCCAUGGCACAAGAUCUUCCACAAAAGAAUGCCUGCUGAAGCAGUAGACCUUGUAUCCAGGCUUCUGCAGUACUCACCAAACCUUCGGUCCACUGCUUUGGAAGCAUUGAUCCAUCCAUUCUUUGAUGAACUUCGGGAUCCAAACACCCGCUUACCAAAUGGACGUUUCCUUCCUCCUCUCUUCAACUUCAAGUCCCAUGAGCUGAAGAGCAUGCCGAUGGAGUUCCUAGUGAACUUGAUCCCUGAGCAUGCUCGGAAGCAAUGUGCCUUUGUAGGAUGGUGAUUUGUGAGACGACGGCUUGAAGAUUAGUUGAGAACCACAUUGAUGUCUAUUAGAAACCGGAGAUCGACAGUGCCUGCUGUGUUAUAAAAUUGGCGAUGUGUGUGAUUAUUUUUUGUCCGAGAUCAUCAUCCCUCACCUCCAAAAGGAAAAAAAUUGCUGUAACUGUAACAAAAUCAUCCACGGUUCUGUAAAGUAGAUGAAGAGUGUUGGAGCAGUCCCCUGAGUCCAUGUAUCAGUUUGCACUGAAUUCAGUUUGCCUGAUUUGUAGCACCAUUCAAGGACGCACCCUUUGUAUGACCAUGUUCGGUCCAACGUUUGUUUGUGGAUCGAGGCUAUUCAUUCAUUUGUACUA